CUCCAUUGCUGCAGGAGUGACCCGCAGAGGCCGAAGCAAUGGCCGGGGCCUCAGUGAAGGUGGCGGUGCGCGUCCGCCCCUUCAACUCCCGAGAGAUGAGCCGUGACUCCAAGUGUAUCAUCCAGAUGUCUGGGAGUACCACCACCAUCGUCAAUCCCAAGCAGCCCAAGGAGACACCCAAGAGUUUCAGCUUCGACUACUCCUACUGGUCCCACACCUCGCCCGAAGAUAUCAACUACGCCUCCCAGAAGCAGGUGUACCGGGACAUCGGUGAGGAGAUGCUCCAACACGCCUUCGAGGGUUACAAUGUCUGCAUCUUUGCCUAUGGGCAGACAGGCGCUGGCAAGUCCUACACCAUGAUGGGCAAGCAGGAAAAGGACCAGCAGGGCAUCAUCCCACAGCUCUGUGAAGACCUCUUCUCCCGGAUCAAUGACACAACCAAUGACAACAUGUCCUACUCUGUGGAGGUCAGCUACAUGGAGAUUUACUGCGAGCGAGUCCGGGAUCUCCUGAACCCCAAGAACAAGGGCAACUUGCGUGUGAGGGAGCACCCACUUCUGGGACCCUAUGUGGAGGACCUCUCCAAGCUUGCUGUCACCUCUUACAACGACAUUCAGGACCUCAUGGACUCUGGGAACAAGGCCAGGACCGUGGCAGCCACGAACAUGAACGAGACUAGCAGCCGCUCCCAUGCUGUCUUCAACAUCAUCUUCACCCAGAAGCGCCACGACGCGGAGACAGACAUUACCACGGAGAAGGUUAGCAAGAUCAGCUUGGUGGACCUGGCGGGCAGCGAGCGGGCUGACUCCACUGGUGCCAAGGGCACACGCCUCAAGGAGGGAGCCAAUAUCAACAAGUCACUGACCACGCUGGGCAAGGUCAUCUCAGCUCUGGCCGAAAUGGACUCAGGGCCCAACAAGAACAAGAAAAAGAAGAAGACCGAUUUCAUUCCGUACCGAGAUUCUGUGCUGACCUGGCUCCUCCGAGAGAACCUGGGUGGUAACUCGAGGACAGCGAUGGUGGCAGCCCUGAGUCCUGCAGACAUCAACUAUGAUGAGACGCUAAGUACACUGAGGUACGCUGACCGGGCCAAGCAGAUCCGCUGCAAUGCCGUCAUCAAUGAGGACCCCAACAACAAGCUGAUUCGCGAGCUGAAGGAUGAGGUGACCCGGCUGCGGGACCUGCUGUACGCCCAGGGUCUCGGCGACAUCACAGAUGCCAACACUGUGCCCGGAGGACCUAAAUUGACCAACGCCCUGGUAGGCAUGAGCCCCUCGUCCUCGCUCUCAGCUCUGUCCAGCCGUGCCGCCUCGGUGUCCAGCCUGCAUGAACGCAUCCUGUUCGCCCCUGGCAGCGAGGAGGCCAUUGAGAGGCUGAAGGAGACGGAGAAGAUCAUUGCUGAGUUGAAUGAGACCUGGGAGGAGAAGCUGCGGCGUACGGAAGCCAUCCGGAUGGAGAGGGAAGCGCUGCUGGCCGAAAUGGGUGUGGCCAUGAGGGAGGACGGUGGCACCCUGGGUGUGUUCUCUCCAAAGAAGACGCCGCAUCUGGUCAACCUGAACGAGGACCCAUUGAUGUCCGAGUGUCUCCUCUACUACAUCAAGGAUGGAAUCACCAGUGACUCCCGAGUGGGCCGGGAGGAUGCCGAGAGGCGGCAGGACAUUGUGCUGAGUGGACACUUCAUUAAGGAGGAACAUUGCAUUUUCCGGAGUGACUCCCGGGGGGGCAGCGAAGCAGUGGUGACCCUGGAGCCCUGUGAAGGUGCUGACACCUACGUCAAUGGCAAGAAGGUCACAGAGCCCAGUGUCCUGCGGUCAGGAAACCGCAUCAUCAUGGGAAAGAGCCACGUGUUCCGCUUCACUCACCCGGAGCAGGCGCGCCAGGAGCGGGAACGCACACCCUGCUCCGAGACACCCGCUGAGCCGGUGGACUGGGCCUUCGCCCAGAGAGAACUGCUGGAGAAGCAGGGGAUCGACAUGAAGCAGGAGAUGGAGCAGAGGCUGCAAGAGCUGGAGGACCAGUACCGCCGUGAGCGGGAGGAGGCCAAUUACCUGCUGGAGCAGCAGAGAUUGGACUAUGAGAGUAAACUGGAGGCCCUGCAGAAACAGAUGGACUCCAGGUACUACCCAGAGGUGAACGAGGAGGAGGAGGAGCCGGAGGAUGAAGUUCAGUGGACAGAACGGGAGUCUGAGUUGGCGCUGUGGGCCUUCCGGAAGUGGAAGUGGUACCAGUUCACAUCCCUGCGUGACCAGCUGUGGGGGAACGCCAUUUUCCUGAAGGAGGCCAAUGCCAUCAGCGUGGAGCUCAAGAAGAAGGUCCAGUUCCAAUUUGUCCUCCUCACGGACACACUCUACUCUCCGCUGCCUCCGGACCUGCUGCCCCCCGAGGCUGCCAAAGACAGGGAGACACGCCCCUUCCCCCGCACCAUUGUGGCCGUGGAGGUGCAGGACCAAAAGAAUGGGGCCACCCACUACUGGACGCUGGAGAAGCUCAGGCAGCGCCUGGACUUGAUGCGGGAGAUGUACGACCGGGCGGCUGAGGUGCCCUCCAGCAUCAUCGAGGACUGCGACAACGUGGUCACAGGCGGAGACCCCUUCUACGACCGCUUCCCCUGGUUCCGGCUUGUGGGCAGUUCAGUCAUCUCUGGCUGCAGCAGCUCCCCUCUUCUCAACACGUGCAUGAGCCAGCGCAUGGUUGCUCUCACCCCCUCCCCCACCUUCUCGAGCCCCGACUCCGACGUCACCGAGCUGGCCGAGGAGGAGGAGGACCUGGAGGAGGACGACGUCUUUCCGGAGCACGCGCUGUGCCACGGCCGGGACCCGUUUUACGACCGGCCCCCCCUGUUCAGUUUAGUAGGAAGGGCCUUCGUGUAUCUCAGCAACCUGCUGUACCCUGUGCCCCUGGUCCACCGUGUGGCCAUUGUCAACGAGAAAGGCGAUGUCAAGGGCUUCCUCCGAGUGGCCGUCCAGGCCAUCUCAGCUGAUGAAGAAGCCCCUGAUUAUGGUUCUGGCGUGCGCCAAUCAGGAACCGCCAAAAUCUCCUUCGAUGAUCAGCAUUUUGAAAAGUUCCAGUCCGAGUCCUGCCCCGUGGUGGGGAUGUCCCGCUCGGGGACCUCCCAGGAAGAGCUACGCAUUGUGGAAGGUCAGGGCCAGGGCGCUGACUCAGGGCCCUCUGCCGAUGAGGUCAACAACAACACCUGUUCAGCGGUUCCUACUGAAGGCCUCAUCCUAGACAGCCCAGAGAAAGCCGUGCUGGACGGGCCCCUGGACACUGCCCUGGACCACCUCCACCUAGGCAGCACCUUCACCUUCCGCGUGACGGUCCUGCAGGCAUCCAGCAUCUCUGCUGAAUACGCCGACAUUUUCUGCCAGUUCAACUUUAUUCACCGCCACGACGAGGCCUUCUCCACAGAGCCACUGAAGAACACGGGCCGCGGCCCACCACUUGGCUUCUACCACGUCCAAAAUGUGGCUGUGGAGGUGACCAAGUCCUUCAUUGAGUAUAUCAAGAGCCAGCCUAUUGUCUUCGAGGUCUUCGGACAUUAUCAGCAACACCCGUUCCCACCUCUCUGCAAGGAUGUGCUCAGCCCCCUGAGGCCCUCACGUCGGCACUUCCCGAGAGUUAUGCCGCUAUCCAAGCCAGUGCCUGCCACCAAGCUCAGCACGCUGACUCGGCCCUCCCCAGGGCCCUGCCACUGCAAAUACGACCUGCUGGUCUACUUUGAGAUCUGUGAGCUGGAAGCCAAUGGGGAUUACAUCCCAGCGGUGGUGGACCACCGAGGCGGGAUGCCGUGUAUGGGAACUUUCCUCCUCCACCAGGGCAUCCAGAGGCGGAUUACCGUGACGCUUCUGCACGAGACGGGCAGCCACAUCCGCUGGAAGGAAGUCCGGGAGCUGGUCGUUGGUCGCAUCCGGAACACCCCAGAAACGGACGAGUCUCUGAUUGACCCUAACAUCUUGUCUCUCAACAUCCUGUCAUCUGGGUACAUCCACCCCGCUCAGGAUGACCGGACCUUCUACCAGUUCGAGGCUGCGUGGGAUAGCUCCAUGCACAACUCCCUCCUGCUGAACAGGGUCACCCCAUAUCGGGAGAAGAUCUACAUGACUCUCUCUGCCUACAUUGAGAUGGAGAACUGCACUCAGCCGGCUGUGGUCACUAAGGACUUUUGCAUGGUCUUCUACUCCCGGGAUGCCAAGCUGCCUGCGUCCCGCUCCAUCCGUAACCUGUUCGGCAGCGGAAGCCUGCGGGCCUCAGAGAGCAACCGUGUGACGGGCGUGUAUGAGCUUAGCCUGAGCCACGUGGCCGACGCAGGCAGCCCAGGGAUGCAGCGACGCCGCAGGCGAGUACUGGACACAUCGGUGGCCUAUGUGCGUGGUGAGGAGAACCUGGCGGGCUGGAGGCCGAGAAGUGACAGCCUCAUCGUGGAUCAUCAGUGGGAACUGGAGAAGCUCAGCCUGCUGCAGGAGGUGGAGAAGACCAGGCACUACCUGCUCCUUCGGGAGAAACUGGAGGCUACCCAGCGGCCCGGCCCCGAGCCACUGUCCCCGGCCUCCAGCGAUGACUCUGAAUCCCGCAUCUCCUCUGGAGCCUCCUCCCCUCUCUCUGCCGAGGGCCGGCCACCACCCCCAGAGACCCCCAACGAGAGGCAGCGAGAGCUGGCUGUCAAGUGCUUACGGCUCCUCACACACACGUUCAACAGAGAGUACACCCACAGUCACGUGUGCAUCAGCGCCAGCGAGAGCAAGCUCUCUGAGAUGUCUGUCACCCUGCUGCGGGACCCUUCCAUGUCCCCUAUCGGGACGGUCACCCUCACGCCAUCCUCCACCUGUCCCUCUCUGGUUGAGGGGCGUUACAGCACAGACCUAAGGACCCCACAGCCCUGCUCCCGGCCAGCCAGCCCUGAGCCUGAGCCCCUGCUUGAGUUGGACACCAAGAAGUCCCCAUCCCCCGGCCAGGCCACUGAGGUGGUCAAGGAGCCACAGCGCCUGCUGGUGCCGGAGAUCCAGGAGAUCAGGGUCAGUCCCAUCGUCUCUAAGAAGGGUUACCUCCGCUUCCUGGAGCCACACACGGCCGGCUGGGCCAAGCGCUUCGUGGUGGUACGACGCCCCUAUGCCUACAUGUAUAACAAUGACAAAGACAGUGUGGAGAGAUUCGUGCUCAACCUGUCCACCGCCCAGGUGGAGUACAGCGAGGACCAGCAGGCCAUGCUCAAGACGCCCAACACGUUCGCCGUGUGCACGGAGCACCGAGGGAUUCUACUGCAGGCCAACAACGACAAGGACAUGCACGACUGGCUGUACGCCUUCAACCCCCUGCUGGCCGGGACCAUCCGGUCCAAGCUGUCCCGGAGAAGGUCUGCCCAGAUGAGGGUCUGA